AUGCGGCCAAUCUUGAACAAGAAACCCAAGCGUGACGCCGCCAAAGUCGCAGAGAUACUGAUGAAAAAAGGCACGAAGCCAGAAGAAGCCGAGCCUAUAAUAGCCAGAGCCCGCAUGAGUGACCGUCUCAUGAAGAUCUAUGAUACCGUGGAUGCCUUCGAAAUUCCAUAUUUGACUCCGAACGCCAUCCCAUCGGAUAUUAUCAUCCACAAGGGGGCUAGCCCAAAAUUCUUCCAGCAGACGAGCGAGCAAGAACUAGUAAAGGGUUGUGAUCUUCCAACGUACUAUAUCAAGUCUCAUUCUGGGGAUGGCACAAUGCCCCCAGGCAACUUUGAUUCCGUUUAUGGACUUCUGUUGGACUUUAAGGAACUAUUUGCGAAGGUUGGCGUGGGACUAAAGGGGACACUAGCAGACCGACUGGGUCUACAAUAUCUCAGAGACCGCAAAGGCGAGUAUCCAAUGAUGGCGGAGUACGCUCAUUGCGGAGAACGUAACCGCCAAUAUCAGUGGUACACACCUGCAAUCUACGAAUACAGGGAUGCUUCCAAUAUUGUUGUCACGUCAAUUCAUCAAGUCAAGGAGGACGGCACAGAGAAAUAUAUUCUACAAAGCGAAUUGAUGGCCCUCCUCAGGCUUAUGGUGAUGAAGUCACGGAGGCCUGAAGCUGUUUCUCAUCAAAUUUUCCCCGUUCUCUUAAUCUCCUUCCGUCCUUAUCAGAUUGUGAUUAUUGAGGCAUACGAAGAUGGCAAGCACUUUCAUGUGAAUUAUGGUGAACCUAUCGUGAUGUCCGAACAGGUUCCCCCCAAAGAACAGGAUAAGAGGAUGAAGUCUGUUCUGGGAUGGGCGGCAGCCAGACCCUGUGGGAAAACAGCAAGCUACAGUGACUGUCCUCCGUAG